AUGGUAAGGAAUAAGAUUCUUCAAGAACUAAAAAAUAUUGAACAAGACGAUCCUAUUGAUGCUUUUUUCACAAGUAUGGCAUUAACGGUAAAGCAGUUUACUCCAGAAUUAAUAAUUCAAGCUAAAUUUGAUAUUCUUCGUAUUGUAAGUAAUUUAGAAUUAAAGAAUAACAAAUUAAAAGAAAUUAUGCCACCCCCUCAAGUUCCACAGCCGUCUACUUCUUCAAGCUACGAAUUUCCCACAACAGUCAACCCUUACCAAAGCUCCGAAGAAAGUUCGCAUCCAGAGUGGGUAGAUUAUAAUUAUUCUACAUCCAAUUCGUUUGAUAGCCAGCAACAAGAUAGUGAACAACCAGAGGAAUAUUGGAUUCAUUCUCUUAAUAAGUAG